AUGCCAAAUGCCUUUUCUAACCUAUACCCAUAUGCUCCCAUCCAACGAACAUCUUACCCCACAAAUAUCCACCCACCUACUUCCACACCCGUUACAGCUUCAACCACACAACAAACAACACCUUCAAACAACCAUACUACCAGUGAAUCAAGAGGAUGGCGAAACAAGCAAGAGAAAGUGCAGUUUGACCUAAUCCCAAUCCCAUAUGCUGAACUCUUCACUCAAUUAGUUGCAAACCAUCUAGUAACACCCUUAUACAUAGAGCCAUUAAAACCUCCAUUCCCGAGAUGGUAUGACGCUUCCGCCCAUUGUGAUUAUCAUUAUGGAAUCGAAUGUCACUCGAUUGAGAAUUAUAUAGCAUUCAAACAUAAGGUGCAAGGGUUGAUCAAGGCAAGAAUCUUGAAUUUUGAAAAGAAGCCGGAACAGAAUGUUAACAACAACCCAUUACCAAAUCAUACUAGGGCAGGGGUAAAUGCAAUUGAAGGGGAGAUGAAUGUUAAAAGGAACAUCCGGAAAGUGGAAACCCCCAUGGAGAAAGUGUUUAAAGCCUUGGUAAAGGCCUGUAUGCUCGAGGUUUGGCCGAAACGUCUUGAUAUGAAUGACUCGAGAGAUAUCCAAGGACCAUACUGCUUAUAUCACAAAGGAUGUGUGGGGCAUUUAAUUCAAGAUUGUAGUUCUUUCCGGAAGGAAGUGCAAAGGAUGAUGGACGAAUCAAAGAUUGAAUUCUACAUGGAAGCCUCAGGGCCAGCAGUAAACAUGAUGACCAAAGAUUCCACUCACCCAAUGAAGAUAAAACCUUUGACCAUUUUCUAUGAACCAAGAAGAGAGCCUGUGGAAGACAAAACCCAAGCCAAGAUGACCAUCGAAGUCCCUAAACCUUUCCCCUACAAAGAUGACAAAGCUGUCCUGUGGAACUACAAUUACAAUGUACAAGUUUCAAAUGCGGGAAAAUGGAUGGCCGAAUCUCAAGAUAAUGCUGCAAAUAUAACUGGUGUUGGGGGGAUUACCUGCAGCGAACGUUGCUAUACACUAAAGGCAUUGGAGAAUCUCAGGAAGGAGAAGGGAAAAGAAAAAAAGCAAAAUUCGAGAGAAGAAAAAGUGCAAUCUCAAGAAUCGACAGAUGGCUCAAAGGGAUCGGUGACGAAAAAAGAAGCUACCGAGGUCCUCAAGUUCAUUAAACACAGUGAGUACAAUGUGGUCGAGCAAUUGAACAGGUUGCCUACUCGUAUUUCACUACUAUCUUUGCUCCUUAGCUCGGAACCACAUAGGAACUCUUUGAUGAAGAUUCUGAACCAAGCAUAUGUGGAUCACGACAUUUCAGUUGAAAAUUUAGACUACAUCAUUGGGAACAUUUCAAUGGGUAACAUAAUAUCCUUUAGCGAUGAAGAAAUCCCUUCUAGAGGUAGGGGAAACUACAAAGCCUUGCAUAUCACUACCAAGUGUAAAGGCUGUACAGUCACAAAAAGUGUUGCUUGA